GAGAUGCGCUGAGGUGCUGCGGACUGGGCUUCCUGCUGCCCGCACACCUGGGAGCAGGGCGUAGGCGGGGGUGGGAGCUCAGGGCACCGCAGUUGUAAGGCGGGCCGGGCUUGGGGUAGGCAGUGCCGGCAGCCGCGGAGGGAGGCGGCAGAGCGGUGGCGGGAGCAUGGAGCGCUGCUUUCUCCCCGCGCCGGAGCAGGAAGCGGUGGAAGCGUGGCUGGAUGAUCACGGGGACUUCACACGCUCUUACUUUGUUAGAAAAGCUACGAGAGAAAUGGUUAAUGCAUGGUUUGCUGAGAGAGUUCACACGAUCCCAGUUUGCAAGGAGGGAACCAAGUCCCAGAGCGAAGCCUGUGCCUGUCACCAGCCUGCCUGUGCUGAGACCUCCAACUCUGGGACACCAGUGAGGAAAAUCUCUGCUUCUGAAUUUGACAGACCCUUAAGGCCUAUUUUUGUCAAGGACUCAGUAGGAACAGUGAGCUUCCUCUCCGACUCUGACAAGAAGGAACAGAUGCCUCUGCAAUCUCCAAGGAUUGAGACCAGUGCAGGGAAUCAGUGCUCAAGACUAUUAGAACUUGUGAAAGAUAUUUCUAGUCACUUAGAUGUCACAGCACUUUGCCAUAAGAUCUUCCUACACAUCCAUGAGCUGAUUGCAGCAGAUCGCUAUUCCCUGUUCCUAGUGUGUGAGGACAGCUCGAAGGAGAAGUUUCUCAUGAGCCGGCUGUUUGACGUGGCAGAAGGAUCCACCCUGGAAGAGGCGUCCAACAGCUGCAUUCGCUUGGAGUGGAACAAGGGCAUUGUGGGUCAUGUGGCAGCCAUAGGGCAGCCUCUCAACAUCAAGAAUGCCUAUGAGGAUCCAAGAUUCAAUGCAGAAGUUGACCAGAUCACAGGGUAUAAGACUCAGAGCAUUCUCUGCAUGCCAAUAAAGAAUCUCAGGGAAGAGGUUGUUGGUGUGGCUCAAGCAAUUAACAAGAAAUCUGGAAUUGGUGGCACUUUCACUGAACAAGAUGAAAAGGAUUUUGCGGCAUAUUUGGCAUUUUGUGGAAUUGUUCUUCACAAUGCUCAGUUGUACGAGAUGUCCCUGCUCGAGAACAGGCGCAAUCAGGUGCUUCUUGACCUUGCCAGCCUGAUUUUUGAAGAGCAGCAGUCUUUGGAAGUGAUCCUGAAGAAGAUAGCAGCAACUAUAAUAUCCUUUAUGCAAGUGCAGAGGUGUACCAUCUUCAUAGUGGAUGAAGAUUGUCCCGAUACAUUUUCUAGUGUCUUUCACAUGGAAUCUGAGGAAUUAGAGGAUUCAGCUGAAAAUUUGAAGAGGAACUAUGAUACAACCAAAAUCAAUUACAUGUAUGCUCAGUAUGUCAAGAAUACAAUGGAGCCGCUCAACAUCCCAGAUGUCUGCAAAGACAGAAGAUUUCCAUGGACAAAUGACAAUGCAGAAAAUGUAAGUCGGAACAUAAAGAGUUUGCUGUGUACACCAAUAAAAAAUGGGAAAAAGAAUAAAGUGAUAGGGAUUUGCCAGCUUGUGAAUAAGAUGGAAGAAAACUCAGGAAAAAUCAAGGCUUUCAAUAGAAAUGAUGAGGAGUUCCUGGAAGCAUUCGUCAUCUUUUGUGGCCUGGGGAUCCAGAACACACAGAUGUAUGAGGCUGUAGAAAGAGCCAUGGCCAAACAGAUGGUGACAUUAGAGGUUCUCUCUUACCAUGCUUCUGCUGCUGAGGAGGAAACGAGGGAGCUGCAGGUAACAGUGGAUGCUGUAGUGCCAUCUGCACAAACUCUCAACCUGACUGACUUCUACUUCAGUGACUUUGAUCUGUCAGACUUUGAAACAACAUUGUGCACAAUUCGAAUGUUCACAGACCUCAACCUGGUGCAAAAUUUCCAAAUGAAACAUGAGGUUCUCUGCAGAUGGAUUUUAAGUGUGAAGAAAAACUAUCGGAAGAACGUUGCUUAUCACAACUGGAGACAUGCCUUUAACACAGCACAGUGCAUGUUUGCUGCUCUGAAAUCUGGGAAAAUUCAGAGCAAGCUGACUGACUUAGAAACGCUGGCUUUGCUGAUAGCAACUCUGAGCCAUGAUCUGGAUCACAGGGGUGUGAACAAUUCUUACAUACAAAGAAGUGAACAUCCACUUGCUCAGCUGUAUUGCCACUCAAUCAUGGAGCAUCAUCAUUUUGAUCAAUGCCUUAUGAUCCUGAAUAGUCCAGGAAAUCAGAUUCUCAGCAGCCUUUCCAUUGAGGAAUACAAGGCUACACUGAAAAUGAUAAAGCAAGCCAUUCUUGCCACAGACCUGGCACUAUACAUCAAGAGGAGAGGAGAAUUUUUUGAACUUCUAAGGAAGAAGCAAUUUAAUUGGGAAGACCCCUCACAAAAGGAGCUAUUUUUAGCAAUGCUGAUGACUGCUUGUGACUUAUCAGCCAUAACCAAACCAUGGCCAGUUCAGCAACGGAUUGCUGAGCUUGUGGCUACUGAGUUCUUUGACCAAGGAGAUAAAGAGCGCAAGGAGCUCAACAUAGAACCCACCGAUCUCAUGAACAGAGAGAAGAAAAACAAAAUUCCCAGCAUGCAGGUUGGAUUCAUAGAUGCUGUUUGUUUGCAGCUGUAUGAGGCCCUAACACAUGUAUCAGAGGCCUGCUCCCCUUUGCUGGAUGGCUGCAGAAAAAACAGGCAGAAAUGGCAAGCCUUGGCUGAGCAGCAAGCAAACCUGAUUAAUGGAGAAAGUAAUCAAGGCAAACGGAACUGAGAUGCCAAUUUCACCAGCACAAGCUCAAGUUCACAUAGGAGACACAGUAAUAGAAGAGUACUGCAUUUUGCUAAACACUGUAUGAAUUUGGCUUAUGUUUUGCCAGUUCUAUAUUAUUUUUCCAUGUUUCAAGAUAGAGCAUGACCAUGUAGAUGCCAAGAUUAUCUGAAGACAGUAUGUUUCUUUUAUUACAUCUGACUGAGAUGGAAAAAGACCUGCAGGAGUAGGUUUUGCUACCCCGUCCCACAAGAAGGUACUGGUGCAGGCACUGACUUUUCUGAGAGCCUUUUGCUUUACAGAUGUACAUAGUUGUUUAGUGAUUGUAUUGUGGCCAGUAUCUGAAAGACUACUGCAUUUUACACCUUUUCUCUCCCUCUUCCCUUCUUGCUGUGUCUUUAUAAAAGUAUUGAGCAGUCUUGCCUGUUCUCUUUCCAGAGGUUAAGAGGAAAAAUUGGGACUCACUCUGGAGAGCGUAUUCCAGCAUAAACUAUUGCUAACCUCUCUCAGAAAGCAGAACUGGACUCUGAGGUGAACAGCCCCAAUAUCUCUGCAGCAGUAGGGUUUGGAUUUUUUCCAUAUUAGACGGGUGUCUUAACAAAUGUGUUUUUCCAGCUGAACAAAUUUCUAAGACUCUGUGAAUUACGAGGCAAUGGGUGCCUUAGGAGUUUAGUGGUAGAGGUGUCUGAGUUAUCCAUAGCCAAUGGAAACUGCUUGAAGACUGAUGAAAUGCCCCACGGUAACUGACAGGCUGCCGUGGAAAAACGGCUCCCAUAGAAAGCUGCCAAAGAGCACACAGAGAAACAGAAACAAAAGAGGAUUGGUUUUGCACUAGUCAAAAAAAAUGAUGUCUUAUUUAAAUGAAGAUGAUUUCCCCUUAUUUUCUCCCAACUAAUUUUAAAAAAAGAUGGAUUUCAACUCUGAUUAAGAAUUCCAGGACUGUUGUUUUGCAGUACACCAUAUGUAUUACUAUGUGUUUCUAUGUGUUUCUCUGCGUACAUAGUAUGGAGGUGACAGCAGCCUGCCCCACAACAGCAUUCCCCCCAAAAAAAAAGCUUUAGGUACUUUUUGAUAAAUAGAAAACUUUGCUUCAGGAUUUGCGUAGUCCUUGUAUAGCCUUUUCCUUGAAUGCUUGAGAUACUGACAUGUAAUUAUUAUGCUAACUGAUGAGAUACAUAUUUAAUAUAAAUACAUAUAAAAUGUAUGUAUAUAAAGGUGUAUUCUUGCUAUUAUGGUUGAGACUAGUAACUUAUGGGGACAACACAGCAAAUAACUAUGAUGAUAUCACAAUGUAGUAACUUUGACAUUAAUAUUCCAGUAUUUCUUUGCUGUAUUUUGUGUUCAGCUAAGAUUUAUUACAAGUAAAUUUAUAAGUGGUACAAAGGAGUGCUGGAUUCAUAACUUUGACUUGAAAAAAAGGACAUGAUGUUACAGUUUUUGAAAAGUUCACUUAAAAUGAACAGUUAUACAGUAUAUGCAUAUAUUUAAUUACAUAUAUGUACACAUUUAUCCCACAGAAUCUCUUCCACUAUAAAUGUUGGAACAUACAUAUAAAUGCAGUUCCUAGUAAAUAAAUAUUUAAAUAUCAUAACACAACUCUAUCUGUAUAUAUUUCUAAAAAACCAAAGCCUUUAAACUACUGGUUUAAGAACCUUAAAAGGAUAGUUUGCUGUAUUUCAUGAAAUUCAAAGCCUUUACAUAGUGUUUUACUCUGUCUGAAGGGAAGAUCCAAGUGUGCUGGUUCUGUGUCAUGGCUUUGUUUCAAUCACUUGUGGAAAAUACUCCUUCCUUUCAUAAUGUAGAUAGGGGAAAAUACGGGGAGAAAAAGUGCAAACCCAGCCUAGCUACAGGUUUGCUGCUUGAAGUUCACAGUGUUCAGAGUUCAACAUUUCCAAAGCCAGCAGGUAGAUUACAGCUGUCAUUAAUUUCAUCGUGAGCUGUAUAUCUCAAUAUUUCAAUCAGCUGUCAAACACCUUCUCCCCAAUUUAUAUUGUGUAGCUGUAACAAUCAGUGUGGCUUACACAAGAAACCAGCUGAAAUUGAGUUUGUUCCUUUGUCCGUUCAGCCUUAAGUCCAUUGAAACCAUUGUCACUUUUUGAUAUAAAUCUCUGGAAUUUGUCCCACUAAUUCUUAAUACUCCUCUCAAUGAAGACAACUAAAUUAGUAUCCUACUUGAUCCCAGAUAUAAACAUGGGGUUUUUUUUUUCAAACUCACACCACAGCAGAGUUUAAUGCAUAAAAUGCACUUUUAUUUCUUGGUUUGUCCUGAAAAUAAUUACUUGUGUUAAACGUACACAAAAUUACUGUUAAAAUUACUGAUGAACCCUUACCUCUUGUAAUUCCAAAUAACAGUGAGGCUCUUGAGCUAUAGGGAUCAUUUCUUCUUCAAUAAAUAAGCCACACAUGCAAUAGUAGCUGUACAAUGACAUAGUUAAAAAGCAGGGGGAGAAAUAAUGUAAUGAUGAUUUUGGACAUGGUGUUCAUUUUUAAUUAGAAGCAACUUAUGGUUAAGAGCAGAUUACUCAUAUCUUCACAGAACACAUGUACAAGUGAGCUACUGAUAAAAGCAUUGAUGAUGAGCUGAUUUCUCCAUAGAAGAGAGAACCAAGCCCAUUUGUAUGCAUCACCCCAUGACAAUUGCAUGCAUCUUAUGAAUUCCAACUCGAUACAUUUUACCUGGUAGUGGCCAGAGUAUGGUAAAUAAUGAAAGCUCAGGGUUUUUUUGGACUUCGACAAGAAGAAGAAACAUCACAGACUCUCUCCCAGUAAUUAGUGUCACCUGCUAAAUGCAGCAAACUGUGACAGCAGGAUAUUUAUCUUGGUCUUGUGAGGUAAAUGGAAAUUGCAUAGUAAAGUUUCUUUUCCACAUAAGGAAGGUUGUUUCCAUAGAGAAACUCAUAUCUGAGUACCAGUGUUUAUGUGUUUGUGUGACAGUGCUCUGUAGUUGCUGGUUCCCAUUUACUCCCACCAAGCACGAGCUUGGCAUGCCAGGGCCUCACACGUACUCGCUUCCCACUGGAAGUCAAUAUUGUUAUUCCUAUUUACCUUAGAAAGAGCUGGUUUGAGCUCUAUAGAAAGUUAAAGAAUGAGUCAAAUCCACCUUUUUUUAACCUGUAAAGAGGGACCAAACCCUUACCCUCGAUGACAGCUGCCUCACCUGCUCUUCGCUAGUUCAGCUAAUUCCUACUGAUGCCCAAGGUACCUUACAGAUGUAACUGAAUUUAGAAUUUGAGUCCAUCUUGUACUCACAGGGCAGACAACUACAUGUGUCUCUUAAAGAAUGCAGUUUGAAAAGCACUGUAAGUAGUUUUAAAAUACAUUCUUAUUAUAGUUUAAUAAAAACCUUUAUCACAGUCACUAGUCACUGAGCUUGUCCAUUUGUAUUCUAUCUUUUAAAAAUACCUGAACAAAUACAUAGUUUCUGGGCACAGUAUUUUUGUACUAGGUUAAGGGGUUUCUCUGUAUAUUAUGUUUUGCCUUUAAGCAAUAUUAAAGUCUUCUGAAUAUUAUGUAUUAUCUCAUGCUUUUGUCCUAUGACUUCUUAGAAUAAAGCUAAUUACGUUAAUCAUUAACCCUGCUUACUGCACAGCCGCUAGAGAGCAUAAGGUGGGUCUACUUAUUUUCUGUAGUCAGACUGCUGCUUAUUACUUUUUUCCUCAUUCUUCUCUUUGUACUGUUUCCAUGCUUUUUAAAAUAAAAAGGAUGAUGUCAAA